GCGGCGCGAGGGACGGCGGCUGCGGGGAGCCGGGCAUUUCCCUGCUGAGGGAUGCAGACACCACGGCCCCGGGAACCAGAGCUCUCGCCGCUGCAGCCCUUGCCGCCGGGAUGGGACGCUAGGAUCGUUUUCCUUCUACUUCUCGCUCUUUUUAAUUUUUCUUGCCCUUUUUUUUUUUUCCCCAAUUUUUAAUUUUUCCCAUCUCGCCGUUUCGCAUCACUUCUCUGCCCAAAAAAUCAACCGCAUCAUGGAGGCCCUUUGAUGCGUCCGCCCGCCGCGCCGGCUGCCCCCGCGGCUGAGGGAAGCCCUCCGGGCCGUGCCCGAUUCCCCGAGGGGGCUCCCCGCGGCCCGGCCCGCCCCUGCCCCGCGGCGCUGAGCCGGGAUGCCGCUGCGGCGGCCGGAGAGCCCCGCUGCCGCCUGACGGGGGGCUCUUCCUUCCUUCCGACGACGGGAACCUGCAUGUCACCCCCGCGGCGGCCGCCCGCCCGCCCGCGACCGAGGCGGCGCGGGACGUGCCCAGCGCGGCGUGAGGAGCGCAGCCGGCUCCCCGGGGCGGCCGGGCGGGUGUCGGUCCUCGCUGUUCUUUGUUAAUAAAUCGUUGAUUUUUUUUUUUUUUUUUUUUGGCCCCAAAGCACACCCCAAAGCGCACCCCCGGCACAGCGCAGCGCCGAGCGGGACCGCGAGGAGUGAGCGCUGCUCGGCGGGAGCGCGGACGCGGAGGCACCGGUAACAGAUGUGCAGUUUGGCCCUAUGAGACUUCAUCAAGAUCAACUUCAGGUACUUUUAGUGUUUGCUGAGGAGGAUGACCAGAGUAAUGGGUUCCGCUGGGCGUGUGACAAGGCUGGAUUUCGAUGUAAUAUUGCCAGGACACCUCAGUCUGCGCUAGAAUGUUUUCUAGAUAAACACCAUGACAUUAUCAUUAUUGACCAUAGACAUUCCAGAUACUUUGAUGCAGAAGCGUUAUGCAGGUCUAUCAGAACAACGAAAGCCUCCGAAAAUACAGUUAUUAUUUGUGUAGUACAAAGGCACACUGAUCGUGAAGAGUCAUCAAUAUUUCCCCUGAUCUCUGCUGGCUUCACAAGGAGAUAUAUAGAAAAUUCUAGUAGAAUGGCCUGUUACAAUGAGUUGAUUCAGCUGGAAUUUGGACAGGUGCAGGCACAAUUCAAACUAAGGGCAUGUAAUUCAUUAUUUACAGCAUUAGAGAAAAGUCAAGAAGCCAUUGAGAUCACAAGUGAAGACCAUGUAAUACAGUACGUCAAUCCUGCUUUUGAAACGAUGAUGGGCUAUCAGAUAGGUGAACUAAUAGAAAAGGAAUUAACAGAAGUGCCUAUAAAUGAAAAAAAAGCUGAUUUCCUAGAUACUAUUAAUUCCUGCAUAAAGAUAGGAAAGGAAUGGCAAGGAAUGUACUAUGCGAAAAAGAAAAAUGGAGAUAGCAUACAACAAAAUGUGAAGAUACUACCUGUCAUUGGACAGGGAGGAAAGAUUAGACACUAUGUGUCAAUUAGUAGACUGUGCAAUGACAACAAUAAGGUGGAGAAGACAUGUGAAUGUAUUCAGGCUGAAUCUCAGACAGAUACUCAGACUUGCAGACACAAAGACAUGAGGAAGGGAUCCCUGGAUGUCAGAUCCACAACAUCACGAGGGAGUGAUGGCAGCUCCCAGCGGCGCCGCUCCUCCAUGGCCAGGGUCCAUUCCAUGACUAUCGAGGCACCCAUCACCAAGGUAAUAAACAUCAUCAAUGCUGCACAAGAGAGCAGUCCCAUGCCAGUUGCAGAAGCUUUAGACCGGGCUUUGGAGAUUUUAAGAACCACUGAACUGUACUCUCCACAACUGGGGACAAAAGAUGAGGAUCCACAUACAAGUGACCUUGUUGGAGGGUUAAUGACAGAUGGUUUACGAAGAUUAUCAGGGAAUGAAUACAUAUUGUCAGCAAAACAGACUCAUCAGGUCGCUGGCAGUCUGAGCUCUCCGAUCUCCCUCAAUGACAUCCCCCCUCGGAUAACACAGGCAAUGGAAAAUGAGGAACAGUGGGAUUUUGAUAUCUUUGAACUUGAGGCUGCCACCCAUAAAAGGCCUUUGGUUUAUCUGGGUCUCAAAAUAUUUGCUCGCUUUGGAAUCUGUGAAUUCCUAAACUGCUCAGAAUCCACUCUGAGGUCAUGGUUACAAGUUAUUGAGGCUAACUACCAUUCCUCCAAUUCCUACCAUAAUUCUACUCAUUCAGCAGAUGUGCUGCAUGCUACUGCUUACUUCUUGUCUAAAGAAAGAGUGAAGCAAACUCUGGAUCCGAUUGAUGAGGUUGCUGCGCUCAUUGCUGCCACAGUCCAUGACGUGGAUCACCCAGGAAGAACAAACUCCUUCCUGUGCAAUGCUGGCAGCGAGCUCGCAAUUCUCUACAACGACACGGCGGUGCUGGAGAGCCAUCAUGCUGCCCUGGCUUUCCAGCUCACCACCCGGGAUGGCAAAUGCAAUAUAUUCAAAAACAUGGAGAGGAAUGAGUAUCGAACCCUUCGCCAAGUCAUUAUUGACAUGGUCUUAGCAACAGAAAUGACAAAGCACUUUGAGCAUGUCAACAAGUUUGUCAACAGCAUUAAUAAACCCUUGGCAGCGCUAGAAGAAAAUGGGAAUAAUGGUGAUGGAGAGUCAAUCAAAACUGUUCUCAGGUCUCCUGAAAACCGUAUCCUUAUCAAGCGCAUGCUGAUAAAGUGUGCGGACAUUUCCAAUCCAUGCAGACCCAGAGAACAGUGUAUAGAGUGGGCCGGCCGCAUCUCUGAGGAGUACUUUGCACAGACUGAUGAAGAAAGGAGACAAGGUUUACCUGUUGUGAUGCCAGUUUUUGACAGAAAUACUUGCAGCAUCCCCAAAUCCCAAUUAUCAUUCAUUGAUUACUUCAUUAUUGAUAUGUUUGAUGCCUGGGAUGCAUUUGCAGACCUGCCAAAUCUGAUGGAGCAUCUGAAUAAUAACAUUAAAUACUGGAAAGGACUAGAUGGAAGGAACCUGCGAGUCCUUCGACCACCACCAGAAUAGCAGUUAGACCACGGUGUGUUGUUUACUAGCCAGAUGCAUAUUUAUUCAAGCUCACUUUUAUCUGUGUGAAUUCAGAUUUGUUUUGGUCUCUUCAGUAUUAUAGUAAAGCUAGCCCAUGCACUUGGGGAACUUUCACGUUCAAGAGAACACAAGGUCAGCAGCUGACUUCCACAAAGCACCAUGUGUGGACUCGGAUGAAAUAAGCCCACCAAGUGGAAUUACACUGGAUUGCUGCAGUACUUGUACUGAAGAGGGUUUAUUUGUGAACAUACUUCUGCGAUAUCUUCGUACCAGCAUGUGAAGCUGGAAGACCUUGAAGAAUCCUCAUAGAAAGGACAUUCACUAGAAGUUUAUCUAUUAAGACUCACAGCUUUUAUGAGAAAGCUACAUGCUUUUUAUAAGCACUUAAGACAGUUAUGUAGAACAAUCAGACAUUUGAAAUGCAACUGUCUAUGAAAGAAUUUUUGAUCUAUGAAAAAUAGAUGUACUGUAUUUUUUCACAUCACAGAAGGUGCAAUCAUUCACUUCUGAGCACUACUGAAAGUGAGUUCUCCUUAAGAAAUUUAGUAGCAAAUGUAAAAAAUAACACAAGAAUUUUUGAGGUUGAUUGUUAGCAUCUAUGAUUAAAAUGUUAUGUUUUAUUUAUUUUGUUAGAUGUUCAAUAUUUUCUAUGAAUUUAUAAAUACUUAAAAGCCAAAGCCAACUUUAGAUGCAUUAUAAAUUUACAUGAUUCAUACUCAUUAAUAUACAUUUAAUUGAUGUACAGACCUUUUAUUUUCAUAAUGCAAAUACAAAAUACUAUACAAUGAUACAUUUUUAUUGCACUGUAAGGGUAGAUGUGUAUGUUUAAAUAUUGUCUGAUUUAUGUUAAUUAAAAUAAGUUUUAUUAAAAAGGUCUCACUUGAGAAUAGUAGAAUAAACAAGAACUGUAUACUGUUUGAGCACCAGAACUGCAGUAGUUCUCCCACAAACCAGUGAGGACAACCUGAUCUUCUCUUGGCUACAAAAAUAAUAAUGUGUUGGAACUCUUUGUUUUCUCCCAUGACAUUUUGUGACUGAAUUCCCUGUUAAAGUCUGCCUUAUUUUAUACAGUAUUUCUACAAAGCAUUCCACAGCAUAUAUGAAGAGGUGAUACUAAGCAUCUAAUGAAUUUCAACAUUUUAUAGCCAAGGUAUCUUCCUCUGCCAUAAAAGAAAAAGACCAUAAAACCACCAACAAAAACCUUUAACUCAAGAAGUUUGUAAAGGCUGUGUACCUUCACAGUUUGAAUGAAACCUUCAUAACAACUACCAGAAAAUAAUAAAAUGUAUAUUUUAAGAAGUGUCAAGUCCUACCCAUUUCAUUUGAAAUGUAUAUUCACUUUGUAGUUUGCAGACUAAGAAACACGUGAAAUUCUUUUUAAAAUAACUAAGAUACUUUUUGUCUGGGGAAGGGAGAAGUUGAGGGGUUGAACUGGCACAAGGGGUGGUGAAAGGUGCUGUGUAGCUGGCAAGCCCCUGUGUUUGUGGCCUGCCCUUGGCAAGCCCAUCCUUGUGUGCCCUUGGACAAGUCUCUUCACAGCUACAGGCAGUGUCACGCUGUGUUCCACUGAAGGACUCAAGGAGUAUCCUGUCAGCCUUCUCAGUCGACAGAAAGGCAUCCAAAGGCACUGAGAGAAUUACUGACUGUCGUUGCUGCAGAGGCCAUUGACUUUAGAGGCAUUUUGAACCAUUCCUGAAAAAGCAGAAGCCGGGGAGAGGUGGAUGAUGGAGCAGUUCCGGGACUGCAGCAGUAGCAGCCUUAAAGGAGGCUCCUGUGUCUCCAUUAGAGGGAAACUGCAUCACACUGUCAGUAUCUCCUCAGCUUAUCUGCUGCAAUGAGGAUGGGAGAGGAAGUAUGGGCAUGUGGACAGGACCAUGUGGGCCCAGAAACUGUCAGCAGAGAUAUUGGCCAGAGUUCCUACGAUGGCAGAGCUCCGUCCUCCCACCCCAUUGUGUGCCGAGCUUGGUGAGACUCCCGGGAGAGCCGAAUGCCAUCGGCGGGGGCACACGGAGUGCCAGCGCUGUCCCCACGCCGGGUGGUGCCGGCUGUGCCAGGCUCUGCUUACCUCUGCAGGAUCAAACACAUAUUUUGGGAAGGAAUGGAGAUGGGCAAGCGCAGCAGGUGCUGCACAGGAUGGUGGCUGCUGGAGCCAACAGGUCAGCUGUGUGUGGAUGGAUCCAUCGCUGGAGAAGCCGCUCCAUGGCCCAGCCGAGGGCAGGAGAUGCCGCUGUGAUGCACGUCCCACAUGGGAGCCCCGCGGCCGUCGCCGGGCCGGGGCCCGUGAAGAGGCGCUCCCGUGAAGAGGCGCUCUCGCCCGCAGCCCCGUGCCCGGGGCCCAGGCCCUUGGGUCCCUUUGUUCCCGGCUGCAGCACUGGGUGAGGAGGGACACUGGACGUGCCUACUAUGACGAUAGUUCUGUCACUGUCUUAGCUGUCCUGUACCAUGCCUGGUGAUGACCAUGGUGUCAUUCUCCUGAGCAGACUGCUCUGUACUCAGCUUCCUGGCCUGCAUUCUCCAGUAGAUUCACCAAGCUGGCAACAUAACAACGGAGCUGUUUGGUACCUUGGAGUCCCACUGCAAGGGUGUCUGAGCACCUCGCAUUUGGCCCAGAAAAUCUGCCCUUGCACAGUCCAACGAGAGGGUUGUGAAGUCCUGGGGACUGCCGGUUCAGUUCACUACUUGGAAAGUAUUUUGCCAGGUUACAGCUCUGGUUUAAACACUUGAGGUGAAAGCUGGUGGUGGGGAGUGGAGUGGUGGGUUCACCAGCAGCCUUUCUGCAUUAAAGGCUCUGUUUGGAGAUUCAGACGUCCUCAUACCUCUGCUCUGAUACGUGUGUGUUACACUCUUUCAGGUAUCGACUUGAAAAUACAAGUGGGGCUCUAGUUUUGGCUGAUAGGGGUAAAACUUGUUCCAGUGGGUGGAAAUUGGACCCAGAGUCAAGGAGUACAUUUUUAAGCAAAGAGUGGUGCUUUUUCACCACUUCAAUGCCCUGCACAGGAGCUGUACUGUAGAGCUGCUGUUCUCUGGGAUGGCUGUGCCAGCAUCAGCAGGGCACACAUGGCCACCUCCUGCCCUCUGCACUGGCAGUGGUUGCUGGCUGAGACACUUGUUCCUGGUGGACACAAGCUGCUCUGCUCACUGGCAGACAUAGCAACUGAAAGUCUCUGGCCUGCUUACAGCAGGUCUGACAAAGUGACCAUAACAACCUUUUCUGCCCUGAAAAUACCUUAAUUCCUGGUAGGUUAAGAAAUUACCCUGUGUGGUAUAGCUCAGUGUUGCUAAACCCAUCUUCUUUUGAGGCUUGUGAAACAAAUAUCCAAGAGCAGAUGGUACUAAUCACUGCUGUAGCAACAUAUUCAGCUCCUGUUUUUGUGGUUUCUAAAGGCCUAUUUUGGCAAGACUUGUUAAAAGCUAUUUGAGGAAGAACAGACAAGCUUUUGACACACAGUUCUAUGUAAAAUCUCUUCAGUUUUGCCAACGGUGUUUAUUUGUAGAGACCCUGCAUAUUGUAGAGGCCACUGCCUGUUCCUGGCUAUUCCCCAGAAUGGAAACUUGAACCAAUGAUUUUUGUAACGAAUGUGCAAUAAAUCUGUGGUAAAGCUUC